GCUAAAGCAGCCAAGUAAAAAAAAAAUACAAGAGCUAGUAACAGCUCAAGAACCUUCUUUAGAGCGAGUGCGUAGAGCGAAGCGCCGAAGCGAGGGGACCUGCCAGUGCCACGGCCUCGAGUGCAGCAGCAGCCAGCAGGGAUGGCUGGCGCGGUCGCUGUGUGGCUGCUGGGGGCGUUCGCCAAGAGUGGACGCCUGCCGGAGGCGCCGGCGCAGGCUGCUGCCGAUGCGGAAGACGCGCGGCGCCACCGCGGAGAUGAUGGCGUUGGCGCGGUUGCGCGCGUCAGCAACGGUCGACGAGUCCAGGAGAAGAGGCGGCGGGAUAGCGGCGCGCUCUCCGGCUCGGAGGAGACCGUCGUGUGCAUGCUCAUGGACCUCUACGCCCCGGCGUGACGUACGUGUAACGUGCGGGGGACGGCGGUGUUGUUUCUGGGCGCGUAGCGGUACGUACGCACACAACUACACAAGGGGCAGGUAUCUUGAGGACCUGGACUGUGUAACGCUGUGGUUAAUUAAUUAGCCGUGCGUGCCAGCUGUAUCGUAUGGUUUUUUUUUGUUCGGGUUUUUUUUACUAGGUGUGAAAAAUUGUUCUCGAUCGGUUGAUUAACAUCUGGGUCGUCCGUUCUGGAUUGGGCGCCGUUGAGAUCCUCCUCUCUCCUCGUUCGGGAUUUUGGGACUUGUUGGUUUUUUUUUUUUUUGUCCAUGGCCAUGCCUUGUCGCUCCUGCCACUGCCGUUCGACGACGGCGGAGACUCAUCGCUUUUAUGGUACGGGUACAAAGCACAGGAAGAUAAUCCAUGUACCUGGAGUCCUGGACAGAUAGACUUGCCCGAUCCAAUCUUUUUAUAUGCUAUUGUUGGGAACAAAAUAAUGGAGAUAGUGCGUCUGUUACCCGG